GGCGCGGGAACCAGCCUCCUCUGCCCUGCCUGCACAAUUUCUUGGUGUUAUGCUUUGUAUCUCUGGUAUAAAGUGACUUUUGAAGAGCAGUGUUACGAUAAGUGUUUUGGAUAAAUGGAAAACAUGUACAAAUAGGGGGAUACCAAAGGGAGGCAUCCCCUGUGCCCGUGUGCAAGCCAGCUAUUUGAUUGUUCAGGGUCGCACCGGCGCUUGCCCCCACCAGCAACAUUCCCCCACACAGCAUGGCCUCGGUGGCCGCUUGGUUGCCCUUCGCUCGAGCAGCUGCCAUCGGAUGGGUUCCCAUCGCCAACAACCCAUUACCGGCGCCGCCCAUCCCAAAGGACAAGCGGCGGCCGGAUGAUGAAAAGCUGCUGAUCAAUGUGUCGGGGCGGCGAUUCGAAACCUGGCGCAACACGCUAGAAAAAUACCCUGACACACUUCUUGGUUCCAACGAACGAGAGUUCUUUUAUGAUGAAGAAACCAAGGAAUAUUUCUUUGACAGAGAUCCUGAUAUAUUUCGGCAUAUUCUGAAUUAUUAUCGCACGGGAAAGCUGCACUAUCCUAAACACGAGUGUCUCACCAGCUAUGAUGAGGAACUCGCUUUCUUUGGUAUCAUUCCUGACGUCAUUGGUGAUUGUUGUUAUGAAGAUUAUCGUGAUCGUAAACGUGAAAAUGCAGAGCGUCUAUUGGAUGACAAACUCUCAGAGAGUGGAGAGCAAGAUAAAUAUGUUUACCGUACUAUACGCGAGCGCAUGUGGCGCGCAUUUGAAAAUCCUCACACGUCAACUGCAGCAUUAGUGUUUUACUACGUAACUGGUUUCUUCAUUGCCGUGUCGGUCAUGGCUAACGUUGUCGAGACCGUUCCUUGCGGCCAACUACCAGGCAAGAAAGAAUCCCAACCUUGCGGGGAACGCUACAAAAUAAUCUUCUUCUGUGGAGACACAGCAUGUGUAAUGAUUUUCACAGCAGAAUAUCUUCUCCGAAUGUUCGCAGCGCCAGACCGCUGUAAGUUUGUCCGGUCAGUCAUGUCCAUCAUCGAUGUAGUAGCCAUCCUUCCCUAUUAUAUCGGAUUAGGAAUAACCGACAACGACGAUGUUUCUGGCGCCUUUGUCACACUGAGAGUGUUUCGUGUGUUCAGGAUCUUUAAGUUUUCGAGGCACUCACAAGGACUUCGAAUUCUUGGCUACACGCUUAAGUCAUGCGCCUCAGAACUAGGCUUUCUUGUCUUCUCAUUGGCCAUGGCCAUCAUUAUUUUCGCUACUGUCAUGUUCUAUGCAGAAAAGAAUGUAGAAGAGACAACCUUUACAUCCAUCCCUUCUGCGUUUUGGUACACCAUCGUUACCAUGACGACGUUAGGAUACGGUGACAUGGUGCCCCACACGCCCACCGGGAAGAUUGUUGGAGGGGUCUGCUCUCUCUCCGGAGUGCUCGUGAUCGCGCUGCCUGUACCUGUUAUUGUUUCCAACUUUUCAAGAAUUUACCACCAAAAUCAACGUGCAGAUAAACGGAAAGCACAAAAGAAAGCCCGCUUAGCGAGAAUUCGGAUCGCAAAGGCAUCCUCGGGAGCUGCUUUUGUGAGCAAGAAGAAGGCGGCAGAAGCUCGGUUGGCAGCACAAGAAAGUGGCCUUGAAAUGGACGAAUUUACGAAAGAAGAAGAUAUAUUUGAGCUCCAGCACCAUCACCUGCUACGCUGCCUCGAAAAAACAACGGACCGGGAAUUCGUUGAGCUGGAAGUGCCCUACAACGGCCAGCCCAACCGGCCGGGAAGCGCCUCGCCCCCGCAGAGCCGGAGCCCCUCGCUGUCCAGCCACGCCAACUUCACUGUCACCUGCUGUGGCCGAAGGUUUGGGGGCAAAUCCUACCAGCCUAAAGGCGGCACCAGCGCAGAAUGCAGAUAUGACGAGGAAUUAAAUGAAAUUCAUAUUCGGGACAAAACAUAUCUGAAUAUGGCAACCAACAGAAGUGGCUGGGGAAUGCAUAAUCAGCAAGCAACUCCACUUCCUGCUUCCAUCACCACUUCAAAUGUCAAUACGACAAUUAUCACCUCAUGCAGCCAAGGAGCUGCCCCUAGUGUUGUGGCGGUGAGCAAACCUAAUUCUACAACCACCGUUACCACUGCUAUUGUUAACCUUCCCACACCAUCACCUAACGGGGACAGCGAGUUCCCCACGCCUGCCCUGAACCAGCCACCUCCAGCAAACCAGGGUGUGUUAAGAAUAUCAUCUCUCUAAGUUCUAUUAAUUAUAUUUGUGAUAAUUAGCCUUGGAUCUCAAGGAAUGUUAAGGCAAAAUAGUAGAUUUAGAUUACACACACACACACACACACACACACACACACAUAUAUAUAUAUAUAUAUAUAUAUAUAUAUAUAUAUA